GAGACCCAAUACAAGGAGGUAUAUUUCAUAUAAGUAGGCAGGAAUCUUCGUACUUUGAUAGUGUCCAUCGAAGUCGUUAUUAGAUAUCUCAUUCUAUCGUUUUCUAUCACCAAAGCACUUUUUAUUCCUACAUUUGCUUGAAACCAGGAGAGUUUUUAUACAUAAUCUCAAAAUGUAUUUGAAUAAUAUCAUCGCCGCUUCCAUUCUGGUAGCUUCUGCUUCCGCAAAAGCAUCAGAGGCUAUACCUUACAAGUUAGCAGCUAAAUCCCUCAACCCAUUUGGUAACCAAGCAUAUGGUCUCACCAAGCGACAAUCGGGUUAUCAACCCUCUCAAACUUUCUGCAGUGGCUACGGCACUUGUGCAGAAGCAUGCGGAACAGGCUAUGAAACUUGUGCCUCGAAUGAUGGAGAUCUUCAUUGUUUUGACCCUACGGUCAAGGAAACUUGUUGUCCAACUGGAACUGGUGACUCCUGCUCCGAAGGCUACUACUGCACCCAGGCCACCGACCUCACCGUCUGGUGUUGUCCAGAUGGCAUGGAUCUUACCGCCUGCGCAGCAAUCUACUCUCUGACCGGCGUUCUCCAAUCCGUCACUCCUUCAUCUGUCGCAUCUGCCAGUGCUUCAACUAUCCCAACUACAUCUGCAAGUGUUACGACUAGCGAUAUCGUCAGUCCUCCAGCCUACACAACACCUACCACACCACCAGUAGCCUCGCUUAGUGCGACGAAGACAGGUGGAGGAAGCAAUGCUACAUUCACGGGAAGUACCACGGCUACGGCUACGCUAUCUGUAUUUACAGGAAUGGCUGGAAAGAUGGAGAAGUGGGUUGGAGGCAGUGUGUUGGUUGCGGCGGUGGGAAUGGGAUUGCUUUUGUAAAGCUCAAUCAAUACAUUGUGCAUAGUUUCCGGAAUAAACGGCAAAAUAAGUGCGAAAACAAGAGCUGGUAGUGCUCUUUCUACAAAGGGGUUGAAUUCGGUUUGUUGGAUAUAAUACAACAUGAUGAAUGGUGUUGAUUGAAAUGGUGGUGGUUAAGUUACUUUCGACUGGAUGAUAAUGUUUUACGGUAUAUGUUGGAUCAUUAGGUAUAAAUAUACUAUUUUCUACUUCUGGACUUUUUACCUCUUUCUCCUUGGCUGUGGUACCGGAAAUGUGCAAUUCUUCAAAUAUUCGAUAACUAUUCAAAUGGCAAUGAUUUCA